AUGUCUCUGCUCACCAAUUAUGAGGUGCUUCGGCAUCAGAUCGAGAGGCUGGUGAGGGAGAACGAGGAACUGAAGAAGCUGGUGCGGCUCAUUCGGGAGAAUCACGAGCUCAGGUCGGCGAUCAAGACCCAGGCGGGUGGCCUGGGCAUCAGCGGGUUCAGCUCGGGGCUUGGCGAGCCGACGGCCAACCCUUCUCAGCGCCUGGGAAACUGUGUCUUCCUGCCCCAGGCCCCGGCAGCAGCAAACGAACCCGUCCUGGAAGAACUGGGGAUUCUGACCCUGGCGCCCCUGGCCGACGUGCUAAGCAGCCCACAGCCCACCCCUGCGGCCACCCCCAUCGUGAGCCCCCUGACGGGCCCCCUCAACUCGCUGCUGCCCGGCCUGGGGUCUGUGUCGCAGAGCAGCCCGCUCACCGGGCUCCUGAGCGGCCACCUGGCCGGCCCCUUGGCAGUGUCCCCAGGGGGCACGCUGGCCAGCUCCCUGGGCCUGCCCUCCGCUGGCCCCCUGCCCCUGGGCAGCCCCCUCAUGGGCCCGGUGGCAGGCUCGGUGGCUGUCUCUCUGGGCAGCCCCCUGCUCACCUCCACGGCCGCAACUCUCGGCGUCUCUCAGAACCUUCUGGUCACCCCCCUGAGCAACCUGGUGCUGCCCGAGGCCCCGAGGGUGCCGCUGGCAGAGCCACUGCAAGGCUGCCCCUCGGGGCCCCAGUCUCCUCCCUGCACCCCCACCGCGUCUCCAGUCCCCAUGCCCACGGAGCAUCCCCGGCCAGCCCAGGACCUGGAUCCCCUCAGCAUGACGUUUGUGGGUUCUCCCAUCCGUACCUCCACCCCUAUCACCACCAGGAGCACGCCUGGGCCCAUGACCACCUUCUCCUAUGGCAGCUCAGACGUCAGGCCCCAGCCCAGUGCCACUCAGGGACAAGCAGUCCCCGUGCCUGUCCCCAGCACCACAACGGCCCCCCCGGUGGACGCAGUCCUCGCCCCUGCCCCUACUCCCGCCCCCCCUCCUGUCACCCACUACACCCCCUCCAGCACCACCCACAUCACCCCGUACCCCCCCCAGUCCUCCACCCGGGCACACCACCCCCCCACCCAGCCCUCACCCACCUCUCACUCCCCUCCACGAAACCCCCACUCCCCGCCCCGAACCUCGUCCUCCCCGGCUUCGAUCAACGACACCCGGGGCCCACAUGGCUCAGAAACCUCUCGCAAAAGCAUCCUGGAGUUGGAACGGAAGCUGGCUCACCGCAAGACCAGCAAGUUCCCUGAGAGCCCCCGAGAGUCAAAGCAGCUGGCCUGGGAGAGGCUGGUGGGGGAGAUCGCCUUCCAGCUGGACCGCAGGAUCCUGUCCAGCAUCUUCCCGGAGCGCGUGCGCCUCUACGGCUUCACGGUCUCCAACAUUCCAGAGAAGAUCAUCCAGGCCUCCCUGAACCCCAGCGACCACAAGCUGGAUGAGGAGCUGUGCCAGACGCUCACACAGCGCUAUGUAACCAUCAUGAACCGGCUACAAAGCCUGGGCUACAAAGGGCGGGUGCACCCGGCGCUGACCGAGCAGCUGGUGAACGCCUACGGCAUCCUGCGCGAGAGGCCGGAGCUGGCUGCGUCCGAGGGCGGCUCCUACAGCAUGGACUUCCUGCAGCGCGUGCUGGUGGAGACCGUGCACCCCAGCAUGCUCACCGACGCGCUGCUGUUGCUCUCCUGCCUCAGCCAGUUGGCACGUGAUGAUGGCAAGCCCAUGUUCAUCUGGUGACACUGGCUCCUGCCACCCUGCCCCGCAUCCCAGUGCAAGGCCAUUAAAGCUUCCACAGACGCUAGCCGCGGGCCGGGCCCAGACCUGAACUCCUGGGUGGUGCCGCCUGUCCUGGGGUGGCUGGCCAGCACCUCACCCCCCCGCACCCCUUCAAUCCUGCCUGCUCUAGGGCUCCAUGCCCAGCCCAGGGCCCUUCGUGAGAACCCCAAGACCGAAGCUUGGCAGUGUUCAAAGGUCCCAUGGCUUCCCUCACCUGGCAGUGGGAGUAGGAGGGGCCCCUGACACUGGGACGGGGAAGAGCAGGAGGCCGCAGGAGCCCAACCGGCAGGAAGGGCUGCGGCGGCGCAGCAUCAGUGCCAGGUGGGAGCUGAAGCCUGGGUGCAGAGCGGAAGGCAGAAGCGGGAGGCACGGGAUGUGGAUGUGGGAAUCCCCUCUGUACUGGGCUGGGAAGAGGGGAGGGGGGAGGGCAGGAAGGGCGGGGAGGAUGGAGGUGGGGUGGGGGUGGGGGUCAGUCGGGACACCAGGAGGGCAAGGGCCUGUGGACAGUACAGGAAACCAAGCAGUGCAGGCAGGAUGCUCGUCCUUGGGAGGCUGUGAGUUGGGGGAGCCCAUGGGUGGCCUGGGGCCACAGGGGUGGGGGGACAGGACAGGACCUGUCUGAGGAGGCCAGAGAGGCUGGAGCUGCAGUGGGAGGCAGAGGUGGCCGAGAAGGGGGAAUGAGGACCCCAGCAGAGCAGGCCCCUGAGCACCAGGGCUUGCCUUCCAGAAGACUCCGGCAGGCAGAGGAAUCUUAGCCGCCACCAGCAAGGAAUGCAGGGAAGGAGAGGAUCCGGGGAUCCUGGGUGCGCUAGAGCCCUCUCCCAGGCGCUCCCUGCCUCCUGGCCCUCCCCACUCCCGGGCCUGCUGCUUCGGGGAUCCAGCCAGACCCCCUGGGGAAGGCAGGGAGGACUCUGCGUACAGAUAGGUAGACAUCCGUAGAUAGAAGUGUCGCUCUGCCUGCGGGGAGGCCCAGCAUCACCAGGAAGGGGCCACCCUCCAGCACCAGACCUUGGUGCUGAAGGGGGUCGGGAUUCCGGAGAACCGGGAGGGGAGGCGGGGCCAGAAGGCCCUCCACCGCCCAGCCCGCGCGGUGAAGGGCAGCCCCGACUCAAGCCACAGGGCAACGGAAGAGCCAACCUGGAGCGCGGUGGGGUCUGGCCCACAGCUCAGGUCCGACAGGUGGGGGCCCCGCGGCAGCCCCGACAGCGCGAGGCAGCGCAGCCCUGGGAGCCGACCGAGCCGGUGCGGGUGGGCCCCGGUGGGGAGCUGGUUUGCGUGCGGCUCGCGUGCCCGGGGGCGGGGCGGCGGCUCAGGCCGAACCAACGGCCCCUCACCCCGUUGGGGGAGCUCCCUGGGGGAGGGUCCCGGCGCCGGCACCGCGGGGGCCUCGGGGAAGCUCUGCGGGGCGCCCCGGGGCUGGCUAGCACCUGUGGCUUUGAGCUCAGUUGCUGGACGUCGCA